AUGAGAAAAAUAUGGACCCCUAUAAGAAGAUCAGAAGAUCAAAAAGUAAUAAAAAAUAAUUAUGAUGAAGAAGAAAAAGAAAACUUUGAAAAAUCUUUACCAAAAGAUUUUAUAGAAAACAACAGAAAAAAUAGAAUCCCAUAUUUUGAAAUAAAAGAAUCUACUUUAAUAGAACAAAAAGAAAAAAAAGAAGUUCAAAAAAUACUAGCUUUAGAAUUAAGAGAUAAGUGCAGGUCUGAAAUUGAUGAAUUUGUGGAAUGUUCUGUGGGAAGAUUAUGGACAAUUUUAAAAUGCAAAGAUUUAAUGAUUAAAAUGAGAAAAUGCUUAAAGAAAUAUGAAAAUCUUGAAUAUGUCAAAUUUAGAGAAAGACAAAUACUUGAAGAGAGAAAAAAAAAUGGUACAAGUUUACUUAGAUCAGAUGAAAGAGCAAGAUAUAAUAGAUUUGUAUAUACAGAUAAAGAAAAAGGUUGGAUUCCUGAAAAAAAAAAUUGA